AUGACAGAAAGAACAAUGUUUUCACAUAACGACUAUGAAGUUGCGUGGAUAUGCGCUUUGCCACUGGAGAUGACAGCGGCUAAGACGAUGUUAGACACGCUCCACGAUCGACUGUCUCAGCCCACAUCUGACCACAACACCUACACACUUGGUAGCGUUGGUGGCCACAAUAUAGUGGUAGCCUGCCUCCCGUCAGGCGUUUACGGAACCACCUCUGCGGCAAUCGUCCUCGCUCAAAUGCUUCAAACGUUCCCAUCUCUUCGAUUUGGGUUGAUGGUGGGCAUUGGGGGUGGUGUACCGAGCAAAGAUGCUGACAUUCGCCUGGGUGACGUGGUCAUCAGCAUGCCAACUGCGACCUUCGGGGCUGUGGUCCAGUAUGACUAUGGAAAGACACUUCGCAAUGGACGCUUCGAACGCACUGGAUCACUCAACAAGCCGCCACAAUAUUUACUAACCGCAAUAUCUCAAAUGCGCAGUGAUCAUACCGAUGGAACUACAUCGAUUGGAGAAAUCACAUCAGAGGUACUUGAGAAGCACCAGAAGCUUCAAGAACAAUUUUCGCGCCCUGAGCAAGACUGGCUUUUCGAGGCGAGCUAUGAUCAUGAAGGCAACAAUGCCGACUGCAUGAAGUGCGAAGCAAGCCACCUGGUUACGCGCAAGAUACGAGAAGCCGAAGAUCCUGUCAUUCAUUACGGUCUCAUUGCGUCUGGGAACCAAGUCAUGAAAAAUGCUACUGCGCGAGAUGCUAUUGCCCAAGAAAUGAAUAUCCUCUGUUUUGAGAUGGAAGCCGCCGGACUGAUGGACCAGUUGCCAUGUUUAGUCGUUCGAGGAAUAUGCGACUAUUGCGACUCCCAUAAGCACAAACAGUGGCAAGGAUAUGCCGCUCUCACUGCCGCUGCUUACACCAAAGCUCUUCUUGGAAGGGUCCCUUCACACGCUCAGAGUCAAAGCAAGAACACAAGCAAGACAAGCCAUUGGAUAGUACCAUUUGCUCGAAAUUCCCGAUUCGUUGGCCGUCAGCAGGAGAUCAACUAUAUUGAAAAGUUGAUUGUUUCCGCCGCCAGCCCGACUAAAGUUUCUGUUUAUGGGCUAGGGGGAAUCGGGAAAACCCAAAUCGCCCUGGAAAUAGCCUACCUUGUACGAGAAAAGGUUCCUGAGUGUUCCAUCUUCUGGAUUCCAUGCGUCAGUUACGAGAGUUUGGAACAAGCCUAUAUGAAAAUUGCCUCGGCCAUGGGCAUUUCGGGCACGGAGCCAGCAAGGAUGAAGGAACAAGUCAAAUCUCGACUCAGCCAAGAAAACGCCGGAAAGUGGCUUCUGGUAUUUGACAACGCCGACGAUAUGGAAAUGUGGACCAAAGGAAGCGCGACUGCUCCACCGCUUCAGGAUAUUCUUCCUUACAGCGAGAAUGGCCAUAUUCUUUUUACCUCUCGGAAUAGAAAGCUGGCCGUCAGAGUCGCAUCGCCUAACGUUCUAUCUGUUCCUGAUAUCGACCAUGUCACUGCUAUGAAGAUCCUCGAAAAGUCGCUCAUCAAACAGGGUCUGCUGUGUGACAAUCAAGCAGCGACCGCUCUUCUUGAGCAGCUUGGAUAUCUUCCACUUGCAAUUACCCAAGCCACUGCCUACAUAAAUGAAAAUGGGAUCUUGCUUUCUGAUUAUCUGUCACUGAUGAAAGACCGAGAGACCGACGCAGCCGAGCUGUUAAGUGAAGAAUUUCAUGACGACGGACGAUACGUCGAGACACAAAACCCAGUGCUUACUACUUGGAUGAUCUCCUUCAAGCAGAUCCAGGAAUCAAACCCAUUGGCAUCAGAAUAUUUGUCAUUUAUAGCCUGCAUCAGCCCACGAGAUAUCCCGCAAUCAAUCCUUCCACCUCCAGCAUCGGCGAAAAGGAAGACCGAUGCAUUGGGUCUUUUGGGUGCGUACUCUUUCAUCGGUGAACACUCUGGCGGAAGCUCGUUUAGUCUUCAUCGACUUGUACAUCUCGCCAUGCGAAAUUGGAUGAGAAGAAAUGAGGUCUUUGAAUACUGGUUACGCAAGACAAGUCAACGGUUGGAUGAAAUUUAUCCUGGUGAUGAAUAUACCAAUCAAGCAUUGUGGAGAAUCUACCUACCCCACGCACUCUAUCUAAUAGAGAGUGAAGACUUCCAUGGUAUCCACUCGGAAUAUCUUGGAUUGUCUUCAAGGGUGGGGAGAUCUCUAGAGAGCGAUGGAAGAUACAAUGAAGCUCAAAUGCUGUUCAUUGGUUGCCUAGAGGCCAGCGAUAGGGAUUUAGGACCAGACCAUCCCGAAACCAUCACCAGCGUUGGGGAUCUUGCUAGCGUGCUAUUACGACAGGGCAAGUUCAAAGAAGCUGAGGCUAUGCAACGCCGAGACCUGCUGGGUAAUGAGAAAGCUUGGGGACUGGAACAUCCCAAAACUUUGACUAGUCUAAGCAUUCUCGCUUUAACAAUUCAACAACAGGGCAAGUAUACAAAGGCUGAGACUAUACAUCGCCAAGCUUUGGAGAGCAAAGAAAGAUUUCUAGGGCCAGAGCACCCCAACACUAUUGAGAGUGUCUACAAUCUUGGUACGGUACUUGGGGAGCAGGGACAAUAUGAAGAGGCCGAAAAUAUGCUCCGCAGAGCGCUACAAAGCAAUGAGAAUGGUCUAGGAGCAGAGCAUCCUAGUACUCUUCGAUGCGUUAAUCACCUUGGCCUUGUGCUCGAAGAACAAGUCAAGUAUGAAGAGGCGGAGGCUAUGUAUCGGCGAGCUCUAGAAGGAAGAGAGAGGCUUCUAGGUCUAGGGCAUCCCGAGACUCUCAACAGUGUUAGCCUUCUUGGUUCAGUGCUUCAACAUCAGUGUAUGUACCAAGAGGCGGAGGCUAUGUAUCGCCGAGCACUAGAAGGUAGAGAGCAAGCUCUAGGCCUAGAGCAUCCCGAAACUCUUACUGGUAUACUCAAUCUUGGAUCUGUGCUUGAAGAACAGGGCAAUCACAGAGAGGCUGAAACCCUGAGCCGACAAGCACUUGAAGGGCUUGAGAAAGCCCUAGGACCAGAGCAUCCCGCUGUUGUUAAUUGUAUUGCCAGUCUGGGCUCAGUGCUCCAAAAACAGGGCAAAUACGAAGAAGCUGAAAAAAUGCACCGCCAGGCAUUGGAAUGCAAGGAAAAAAAUCGCGGCCCAGAGCAUCCUGAGACUCUUGACAGUGUCAUGUAUGUUGGCUCGGUGCUUGAAGACCUGGGAAAGCACAAAGAGGCUGAAGCAAUGCACCGCCGAGCACUAGAAGGCUACCAAAAGACCUUAGGGCCAGAGCAUCCUUCUACCCUUGCCAGUCUCGCCUACCUUGGCUCAGUUUUGAAACAUCGGGGUAAGUAUGAAGAGGCCGAAACAAUGCUCGGCGGUGCAUUGGAAGGCUAUGAGAAAGCUCUAGGAGCGGAGCACCCCUACACUCUUUCUACGGCCAGCCAUCUUGGCUUGGUUCUGGAGCAGCAGGCCAGGUACAAAGAGGCCGAAGCUUUGCAACGCCGUGCACUAGAGGGUAGAGAGAAAUUUUUCGGACCAGAGCAUCCUGAUACUCUCCUCAUUAAAGAGCGCCUUGCUGCAAUUCUGGAAAAGGAAUCAAGAAGUCCUGCACAAAUGUUCCCCGGGAAUCACCCUCUUUUCAGAUCCCUCGUCGGUACUUCCUGUCCUCUCCCGCUGCGUUGUGACCUGGACGAGGUUGAUUGA